AUGCAGGAAAGAAGAGCCUUGGCAUCACUGCAAAAAGAUGAAAACAUCACCAUCCUGCCUGCAGAUAAGGGGAGAUGCACUGUGGUACUCAACACCAGGGAUUACCACGACAAGGUAACAAGUCUUCUCAGUGACACUGCCACCUAUGAAACUCUAAAACGGGAUCCCACCAACAGCUACAAAAAGAAAGUUAUCAGUGCACUUCAACAGCUCGAAAAGGAUGGAGUUAUCGACCGCCCACUCUAUUACCGGCUGUACCCAGGGGAAGCUGUCCCGUGCAUUUAUGGAUUACCAAAAAUACACAAGGAAGGGGCGCCCCUUAGACCCAUUAUCAGCACCAUUAACUCAGUCACAUACAAAGUGGCAAAACAUUUGGUCACCAUCCUAGCUCCUCUUGUCGGCCACACCACUCACCACAUCAGAAACUCACAGGACUUUGCCGAGAAAAUCAAGGACAUCAGGUUGGACCCAGAUGAAACCAUGGUUUCCUAUGAUGUCACAUCACUUUUCACAAGUAUUCCAACAACAGAGGCAGUCCAAGCAGUAAGACAACGCCUCUUACAGGACAGCACACUGGAAGUCAGAACCAACUUAACCCCUGACCACAUCUGCUCCUUAUUGGACAUCUGCCUCAGCCCCACCUAUUUCCAGUUCAGAGAGCGCCAUUACAGACAGAAACACGGAUGCGCGAUGGGCUCCCCGGUUUCUCCAAUAGUGGCUAACCUGUACAUGGAAGAGGUAGAGAGGAAGGCCCUAACCUCCUUCAAGGGAGCCACUCCUAGCCACUGGUUCAGAUAUGUGGAUGACACCUGGGUUAAGAUCAAAACACAUGAAGUAGAGGCCUUAACCGACCAUAUCAACACAGUGGACAGCAACAUCAAGUUCACCCGUGAAGAUGUCAAGGACAAUGUGUUGGCCUUUUUGGACUGUGCUGUACACUUGGAGGCAGAUGGGUGUCUCAACGUUGAAGUGUACAGGAAACCAACACACACGGAUCAAUAUCUACUUUUUGAUUCCCACCAUCCUCUGCAGCACAAACUGGGUGUCAUCAGAACACUCAACCACCGGGCUGAGAAUAUUCCCACGAAGAAAGAAGGUAAGGAAAAGGAACAGAAGCACAUCAAAAAUGCCCUGACAACCUGUGGAUACCCCAAGUGGGCCUUUGUGAAGAACAGAAAGAGAAAUAACACUGAACAGGAAAGGGAGGAGAGACGCAAGAGCACUGUAAUCCCUUACGUUGCAGGCCUGUCGGAAAAACUCAAGAGGAUCUUUGGCAAACACCACAUUCCUGUUCAUUUCAAGCCUGGUAACACACUAAGGCAGAAGCUAGUCCAUCCCAAGGACAAAACACCGAGACAUAAACAGAGUAACGUGGUAUAUGCUGUCCAGUGCAGCGAGGAAUGCUCGGACCUGUACAUUGGGGAAACUAAACAACCGCUUCACAAGCGCAUGGCUCAACACAGGAGAGCCACUUCCUCAGGUCAGGACUCAGCUGUCCACCUGCACUUGAAGGAUACGGGUCACUCUUUUGAGGACAGCAAUGUACAGGUGUUGGCUCGAGAAGACAGAUGGUUUGAAAGAGGAGUUAAAGAAGCCAUCUUUACCAGGCUGGAGAAACCUUCUCCGAACAGAGGGGGUGGACUCAGGCACAAUCUCUCUGGCACUUACAAUGCAGUUCUCAGCUCUCUCCCCAGGAAGCUCCACAAACAUUCACACCUGGAACCACAUGACCGAGGUGGCAUGAGUCAUGUGGUCACAUGA